GCAUGCAGGUCCCCAAGGACAGAAGGACCACCUGAGAGAGUUUGAUGCAGCUUACUCCUAGGUAAACUAAACUGGAUGCAUAGGUUUGCAGUUCUGCUAAUCCAAAUAAGACGAGCCUGCUGGAUCAGGCGAAUGGCCCAUCUAGUCCAGCAUCCUGUUCUCAUGGUGCCCAGCCAGGUCCCUUUGGAAAGUCCCAAAGCAAGACCUGAAUGUCCAGUCCUAGUUUCUGUGUGCAUGAGUAGCUGACCUGUACAAAUCAGCAUGUGCACAAACAUUUGAACACACGCAAAGACACCUCACCGUGUACAGUGCAACGUGUGGACACAGUGCAUUUCUUUCGUAUGGGGCUUCCGUGGAUGGGAUCUUGGGGAGCUCUUGUUAGAAACGAACGGCAGGCUGAAUCCUGCCCCUGUUUACCCACCCGUGUUGUGGGGUUGCUUCGGCGAGCUAACUGAAACGAGGAGGUGAACCCAAACUCCAAGCGCUUCCCUCGUCCUGCAACUCGCUCGCAGCAACAACACAUUAUAAAACUGCCUGGGUUUUGUAACCAUCCCGCACGCCGCUGCCCAAUGAGCGGCUGCAGCGGGAGGAGGGCGGGGUGGAGAGAAGGAAAGCGAGGCAGACAAUCACAUUGGCCUUUUGAUUUUUACAUAAGUAUUUUGCAUAGAUGAGGUACUUUCAUGAGGGGCGUGUCUGGGGAGGGAAGCCGGCAGAAUGGAGGGGCUGGCGCUUCCACAGAAACAGACGGGCAGCAGCAACAGCGCGGUGUAGACGCUGCCUCUGCCUCCUCCAGCUUGUCGCGCUCCGCGGCGCCACUUGAGCAGCGUGCCCACCCUCCCGAGCAGAAGCCACCCACCGCCUCCGCUCAAGCCCAGUCAUGGGCUCCCCGCAGCGGCAGGAGGAGCAAAAGCCACCAGCUCUAAGCUCGGCUGCCGAGGCUCUCCAGGCGCGCGGUUCAGAGCGCUCUUCUUCCUCGGCUUCCGUCGCCCUCUCUGCGUCCUCGCGGCCGCCAGAGACCACGAUGCGCCCGCCCGAGUGGCAGGGGAUGCUCCAGAGGGCAGAACGGUGGCUGGCGCAGAGCGGGCAGCUCCCCGAAGUCCUUCAGCUCUGUCAGCUGGCGUCGGGCAACACUCGGCUGCUGCGCGCGGAGCAAAUGGGCGAGCUGGUGGAUUGCAUGGCGCGCAGCAUCCGAUUGAAAAGCAGCUCGGCGCCGGUACGUGAAUGGGAGGUCUUCGGCUGCCACAAAUGCCAAGGUUUCCUCUACGAGCCUGUCUCGUUGCUCUGCGGCCACACUUUUUGCAAAAAGUGCCUGGAGAAGGAAACGGGCCAGGCGGCAGGAUGCAGCAUCUGUCCAGGGGGCAAGGGCGCUCUGCCCCGGCUCCGGAUAAAUGUCGUCCUCAGCAACCUGUUGGCCAAAUGCUUUCCUGAAAGAGUGAAGGCGUCGCAGCUCCGGUGUGAAGGGAAUCUCUUAUAUAAGGAGAAGAAUUUCCAGGCUGCCCUUCAGAAGUACAACGAAGCAAUCCGAUUAGAGCCCAGUGAUCAUUUGUCAUAUAGCAACCGGUCCCAGGUUAACUCACUUUUGAACUGUUGGGAAGAAGCUCUUAAAGAUGCAGAAAUGGCCUGUAGUCUCCAGCCAACGUGGGUAAAGGGUCACUUACGGAAGGGACAAGCCCUUGUUAAACUUGGGAAAACAGAAGAAGCUUUUCAUGCCUUUUUAUUCUCCCUUGCCUUGGAUUCUGGGAACAAAAUGGCCAGAUCAGAAGCUCAAAGGCUUCUACUUAAUUUAAUUUCGCGUGUCCCGAGGGAUGCUCAGGAACGCAUGCCUGAUAUCCUGCAGCUGGUAUCCCGUCACCCUAAAUUAAAAGGGAACCUUUUAAGUUCAGCACCAUCUGAAAGCACCAUCCAUUGCCUACAAAGUUUGAUCAAGGAAAAUAUGGAAAUGUGUGCUGCUCGCCGUGAAGAUCAGAAAGCAGCUGACCGCAGCGGCUUAGAAAAGUCCACCCCAGUGGCAGAGAGCAAGAAAGGUAGUCAUGCCUCCUCAGCGACUGAAUCAGCCACCCUUAUAUCUGAUCAGUGCAGUCCUCUAAAGAGAAAAUACUGUUCUGAUGAGGCCCCAAACACUGACCCACCUAGCAAAAUUAUGAAAAGGGAUGCAAGUAAGGGGAAAGGAUCCGGUGCUGGGAAGAGUUCUCUGUUUGGAUUUGUGGAACCAUCAGAUAUGGAGUGUUCGUUGUGCAUGAGGGUCUUCUACGAACCUGUCACCACCCCUUGUGGACAUACCUUCUGCCUGAAAUGCCUUGAAAGAUGUUUGGAUCACAAACCAAAUUGCCCCCUGUGCAAAGAGGGUCUCUCAGAGUGUUUGGCAAUAAGGAAACACUGUAAGACAGUGCUGGUGGAAGACUUAAUAGCAAAGUACCUUCCUGAGCAACUCACAGAAAGAAGGAGGCUCCAUGAAGAGGAAAUUGCUGAACUUUCCAACUUGAAUAAGAACGUCCCCAUCUUUGUCUGCACGAUUGCCUACCCGACCGUCCCUUGCCCGCUGCACAUCUUUGAACCAUGCUACCGCCUGAUGAUCCGCAGAUGUAUGGAAACUGGCACCAAGCAGUUUGGGAUGUGCCUUGCGGACCCUGUCAGAGGAUUUGCAGAUUAUGGCUGUAUGCUGGAGAUAAAAAAUGUUCAGUUCUUUGCUGACGGCCGAUCUGUGGUUGACAGUAUUGGCAAGAGGAGGUUCAAGGUGUUGAAGCAUGGCCAACGCGAUGGAUACAACACCGCAGACAUUGAGUACAUAGAAGAUCAGAAGGUGCAAGGAGCAGAAAGUGCUGAGCUGAAGCUCCUUCACGAGUCUGUAUAUGACGAGGCCUACAAGUGGUUUGAUGCCCUCGGUCCAGGGCUCAAGAGUCGUAUCCUCGGUCACUUUGGUCUAAUGCCUGCAAAGGAGUCAGAUCCACAGUGCAACCCCAAUGGCCCUGCCUGGUGCUGGUGGAUCCUUGCUGUCUUUCCUCUUGAGAGCAGAGCCCAGCUCCCAUUUCUUGCCAUGACAUCCCUGAAAGAACGUCUCCUCGGCAUCAAGCGCAUUCUUGACUUUAUGGCCAACCCAGGACCAUGAGGAUAAGCGGCGCAAGAGAUCCUGUGAAUCCUGUUAGAAUACUUGAGCGUCUCUCGGCUGUUUCCUUACACUGAUGACUUCUUGAGCUUUCUCUCCUGCUAUUACAUCUCAUUGUCUCUUCACCAGCUGAAGCAAGAUCUGCAAGGUUAAGCUUCACGGGUGGAAGAGCCCUUUAGCUAGUUGCAAUGAUGUGUUAACAGAGAAUGAUUUUUUUGGAGCGAGAAAUGUCUCUAACAUCAACACAGCAAAAACUAUAGCUACUGUGCGGGGAGCAUGCAGCACGAUCCCAAGCACAUUCUACUCAGAAGUAAGUCCUGAAAAGCGUGACAGGUCUUCACUUCCAUGUAACCACGCUGAAGGGCUGCAGCCUUAAUGUUGCUGAGUUGGUUCUUCAGUUCAAAAAGAAUUACCAAUGUUUCCAUAAAUAUAUAGAUAUCUUUCUACAUAUAUGCAUAAUGAAAGUGAACAAAACAGAUGUGAACUUUUUUCCUUUUUUUCCCCUUUUUUGCUAUAAACAAUUUUUUUAAAGGUUUGUCCCAAUUUUUAUUUUAUUUUAUCUGGGAACAGUUGCAUUGAAAUAUUUCUGGUUUAAUGUGAAGCUGAAAUAACUUGCCAUCGUGCUGUUUUAUUUCAAGGCAUAUUCCAAAGGGUUCUGGUUUGGUGUGUUGUUUUUUUUAAAAAUCUGUAUAUUAACAGUAUUCAGAAGUUUUUGAUGGAUAUUAUUAGUAUUAUUUUGGACUAAAAAACGUUUAUUUGGUUUUCAGUUGCAAAUUCACAGCAUGAUCCUCUAAUGUAAAUUCUGCUACAUUCAGUGGUGAUUAGCUUACUCCCCUAGAAAGUGUGUUUAGGAUCAUAGCCUAAGACUGUGUGUAUUCUUCAUAGAGGUCUGGCUGCUUUACUAUCUUACAGUGUUUUUAAUAAUGAACAUGAAGAUGGGGGGGGGGUAGGAGUGUUAAUAAUACACAGUCUCAUGCUUGAUAACUAGUUUGCUUUUACAUUUUGUGGAAGGUCUAAAUGGCACCGAUACAAUGGGUUGGAUCCAGACUUUGUCAUACUUAGGGUAGACCCAUUGACAUGAAUGUGACAUUGUCAUGAUGACUAACCUAAGAUUAAUUUAGGUGGGUCUGUUCAAAGCAUGACUAACAGCACCACCCUAACCAAGUCCCCUUAGAAGUAAGUUGCAUUGAAUUCAAUAGGACUUACAUCUAGGAAAGUGGGGUUUGGGUUUCCACUGAAGUCUGGAUCCAACCCUCUAAUUUUUGAAGAUAUGUCAAGGUAUGCUUCAAUGGAUUUUCUCUCUCUCUCUCUUUUAAAAAAACACACCAAAAAUAGUACUUACAAUUUUUUCUUUGAGUACAGAAUUAUCUGUACCUGGUACUAGAAACCAGAUAACAUCUGGACAAAUCUUGUUUUGACAUUUAAUUUGUUAAAAGGAUGUUCAAGGACAGCAGUGAGGGUCAAAGGAAGAAUGAUCAGGGACAAGGGAACAAGGUGUACAUAACACACUGUCCUUCAUAUUGUUGUUUAGAGAAGCUUGCUGUGGCAGUUUGCUUUGGGAUUGCUGUUAUUUUUCUGAUCUAAAUGAAUGUUGUGGCUUUGCCAAGUUGAGCUCUUAGGUGGCUGUUCACAAAACAACUGCAGACCACUUUGAAGAGACUCUUUUACAGCAUUUAUUUGGUAGCCUUUAUACUGGGGACAGGUUGAAUGGCAGCAACAGGAGGACACAAAGAACUUUCCACAUAGGAAGAUUAUGUGCAUUGCCAACAGGAGAGUAACAGAUUGAGAUACUUCUCCCACUGGCUUUAUCAGUGUUACUCUCCCAUUGGUAAUUCUCAAUUUACUCUCCUUGGGAAUGUAUUCCUAAAUUGGAGAAUGGUCAUUGCUCAGUGGUAGAACAUCUGCCUGUAUGCAGAAGGCCACCAGUUCAAUCCCUGGCAUCUCCAGUUAGGACUGGGAGAGACCCCUGCCUGAAUCCACAGAGUCACUUCCAGUCAGCAUAGAUGAUGCUCAGCUGGCCGGACCAUUGAUCUGACUCUGUUCUAAGGCAGCCUCCUACAUUCCCUUUCCUUUGUUGCUUUUCUGACGCCUGCAUCCUCUGGCUCCCAAUUGCUGCAAAACUGCAUUGUUUUUAUUUAGAUAAUGUGAUAACAACAUCACUUUUUAAAAGCAUGUAUCUUUUAUCUUAACUGUACUGUGAGGCUGGUGGUGGUUUGGAUGCCUCCUAACGUAUUUCUGGACAGGUUUUGCUGCAGUUCUCUGAAAUGCUCUUACAUGAGGUCUGCAUUGCAAAUGGAAAUGCAUUGCAGUUGUAUAAAUUUUUUUGGGGGGUGGAGAGGGGAUUGAGUUGUUCUGGGGCUGAAAACUACUGUGAUGGACAUUAAUGUGCAGAGACGUUGACCCUUUUUAAACUUCAAAGAAGGAGGUUGAAAUGCUGCUGCCACCGCGCACUGCUCCCCUUCUCCAGACUCAUGAUGAAAACCUGUCCUUAAAACCAGGUGAAAUGUCUUAUUUAAUAUUUGCACUCCUACCAGUUGCAUUGCCAGAUUUAUUUAUUUUAUUUUUUAAAAAAAUCUGUUUAUUUUCUACUGGAGUGCUCAAGGCAGUUUACAAAAAUAUGAAAUAAAAAUAGCAAAAGUAGGCAAUGAUUGAAAACAAGAUGGUGCAAAGGUAUCAUGAGAUCUAUCUAUAUAUAUACAUGUGAUCAAAGGAGAAGACUUAAAUGCUGGGUUUAGCAAACAAAAACAGUUCAUAAUAGCCGUAAGCCUGGCAGAAUGAACAUGGAUCCCUACAGACGUUCCUUUUAUUCUGCAUUCAUGACGAUUUGUGCUCUUGGUGGUAUCGGGGUGAUUCUACUUGAUUCUGCUUUCAGUACUGUUUGUGCCAUCCAGCAGUUCAAAAGCACGUCAUAGUGCAAGUAGAUAAAUAGGUACCACUCUGGCGGGAAGGUAAACGGCAUUUCCGUGCGCUGCUC